CGUGAUACAAGCUUUCAGAGGUUUGCUAAGCAAGAACUGCCCAAAUUGCCCACGGCCGCGUUUUUCAUUGGAUCAUGGUCACGUGGUGCUACUUCACGAAGAGCUCUUGCUUUUCCGACCUCCCACAUCAUUCCUGCGUCGUCGACUUCGACAUCAACACCUAACAAUACCAAGACAGGGCGGCACGAAUUUUCAGCUUUGGUGCCUUAUAUUGCGAUAACCCGAAUCCCAGUUCCCCAAUCAUCACGAACCCCCGCCAUGAGACUGCUCACCACAAGCUUCACCAAGGAUCGGGGCGACCCGCCAAAGCUCGAGGAAUAUUUCGGCUCUGGCAUUCCUCCUUAUGCUAUCCUCUCUCAUACCUGGGGAAGAGAAGAGGUCACUUUUCAGGACCUUGCAUCGUCAACGGAGCCUCCUUACCACCACGCUGGCUUUGCCAAACUCCGAGGAUGUUGUGCCAGAGCCGGGCGGGAUGGAUACAAGUACGUGUGGAUCGAUACUUGCUGCAUAGAUAAAACGAGUAGUGCGGAGCUCUCAGAAGCCAUCAAUUCCAUGUACAAGUGGUAUCAGCAAGCAGACAUAUGCUACGCAUAUCUAUCCGAUGUUGUUACCGCCGAUAUUCCGGACGAUACGCAAUUAGCCGGACGUUUCAAGACGAGCAAGUGGUUCACUCGAGGAUGGACUCUCCAAGAGCUCAUAGCUCCACGCUUCGUCGAGUUCUAUGCAGAAGAUUGGACUGAAAUCGGCACCAGGUCCAGCCGCCGCGAAGAAUUAUCUAUCAUCACCGGUAUCGACGUUCGUGUUCUUGGCGGAGAGAAUCCGGCUAUUUGCAAUGUCGCUGAGAGGUUUUCUUGGGCUGCCUCAAGAGCAACGACCAGGGUCGAGGAUGGAGCGUAUUGCCUUCUGGGAAUUUUCCAAGUUCACAUGCCUCUUCUAUAUGGAGAGGGCGAGUGUGCGAUAAUUCGCCUACAAGAAGAAAUCUUCAAGACAACCGAGGAUUAUACCCUUCUUGCUCGGGGCGCAUACAAACGAGCGUUCCCCACUGUCCUUCAGCCAAGCCCCUUUUUGAUCGCUCCCAAGAGCAAAAAUGCGUUGGCUUCCAGCCUUUCCGAGUUCACAAUACCAGCCGAGAAUGAUUGGAGAUAUUCCGAUCUUGAAUUGGACAAAGAUUCAUACGUGGACAUGUUUCUACGCGCCUUUGCCGCAAAAUUUGCAGACGGUCGGGAUGUUGCAGCCGACUCUACUCCGACAUUAACUGCCAAAGGACUUCAUAUAUGUCUUCCGAUUAUGGAGAACGCCGAUGGCCAGUAUCUUGCGUAUCUUUACUGCAAGUUGAAGACGACCAAGCAUCUGAUGUGCAUGCCUCUUGUACGAAUCGACUUCAAUCGAUUCGAGCGAAGAGUCUCGGAAUCUGAUGGAGAUCCUGCUCAUCAUUAUUUGGUCCCAAUUAAAAACCUCCAACUUUUUCGUUUAACCAGAAUAUUCGUUCGACAAAAACCGCUAGAAGUUCAUCCAUUGAAUUUCAGAAUGCGAGUCGUUGUCUCGUUCAUUUUCGAGGUUUUCACAGGUCCAGAAUUCGCGCAGAAAUGCAAGAUCCAGACCAGCUGGGGAAGCAACACAGGGGUCUUGCCAUGGAAAACAACACUACCAGAUACAAUGGGCGGUUCCUCGUUUCAGGCCGGGGCACUAUUUAUUUUCCCAGCUCUAGGAUGCGGAAGCAAUUUCUUAGUAAUGUUUGGCUGCAAAUCUGGCAGUCUUUGGUGCUGUGUUCUCCUUGCAGACGAAUCGUCCUCACCUUACGUUGUCAGUCACAAUCGCUCUGGUAAAUGGGAUUCCUGGAAGGCUUAUGAAAAUUUCGUUCCCAGUGUUCCUGUCGAUCGUGCCAAGAAGCAAAUCCCACAUGUUGGAGCUGUCAAUGUCUCUAUCAGAAAGAUCUUGUCGCGGCUGGUUGUUAAAAUUCACAUCAACGAAAGAGCCUCGUCUGUGGCGGUUGAGCUGGGGUAGUCAAUCGGAGUUCUGAACUCUAAUCCCAGGGAGUUGACAUGAUGAUUCUUCUCUCUUCCUCACUUGCGGUCAACCGGUCCU